AUGGAGACAGCUCGUACAGUUUCCCCUUCCCCUUCCCCUUCCCCUUCCCCUUCCCCGUCCCCUUCCCCGUCCCCGAAAACCGCACCGCUGGCCGGCCGCGGGACCAUGAACAGUAGGGCCCCGGGGACACUGACCGUGUGGAGAGUGAAAUUCUUCCGCCGGCACCGCGGGGAGGUCAACUUCUCCGCCUUCUCCCCGGAUGGCCAGACGCUGCUCACAGCCUCUGAGGACGGCUGUGUGUAUGGUUGGAAAACCCAGAGCGGCAAUCUGCUGUGGAGGUUGGCUGGCCACACAGGCCCUGUGAAGUUCUGCCGCUUCUCCCCUGAUGGCCGCCUCUUUGCCAGCACCUCCUGUGACUGCACCAUCCGCCUGUGGGAUGUAGCAGAAGCCAAGUGUCUGCAGAUCUUAAAGGGUCACCAGCGGAGUGUGGAAACAGUCAGCUUCAGUCCUGACUCCAAGCAGCUGGCAUCGGGUGGCUGGGACAAGCGGGUGAUGCUCUGGGAGGUGCAGUCUGGCCAGAUGCUGCGCCACUUAGCGGGGCACCAAGACUCCAUCCAGAGCAGUGACUUCGCACCCAGCUCAGACUGUCUGGCCACCGGUUCUUGGGACUCCACCAUUCGUAUCUGGGACCUUCGGGCAGGGACCCCAACGAUCUUCCACCAGGAACUGGAAGGUCACAGUGGCAAUAUCAGCUGCCUGUGCUACUCAGCAUCUGGCCUGCUGGCAUCUGGCUCCUGGGACAAGACCAUCCACAUCUGGAAGCCCUCAACCAGAAGCCUGCUUGUCCAGCUCAAAGGCCACGUCACCUGGGUGAAGAGCAUAGCUUUCUCCCCAGAUGAGUUGCAGCUGGCCAGCAUUGGCUACUCCCGAAUGGUCAAUGUCUGGGACUGCAACACAGGCAAGUGCAUUGAAACCCUGAAGGGAGCCCUGGAUGUGGCCCACACUUGCACCUUCACCCCAGAUGGGAAACUCUUAUUAGUAUCUGGAGUUGCUGAAUAG